GUGUUAAUCUUCAUCUCUGGUCCACCUAAUUAUGGAGUUGGACAAUCAGACACAAGGAGGUAUGGUGAAAGGGGAGGAGCUUUUCAAACUGGUCUUGUGAAAAGGGAGGAGCCUUUCAUCACUACUAAGCUGUGGAAUUCAGAUCAUGGACAUGUUCUGGAGGCUUGCAAAGAUAUUCUGAAGAAGCUUCAGCUCAAUUAUCUAGAUCUCUACCUUGUUCACUUCCCUGCGCCACCAAGCAUACUGAUCCCCCGGGAGCUUGUCUUUGAUGAUGCCAUCAUACAGCUAACUAAGAAGGUUGAGCUAGUGUCCAGUUUAACCUGCAUGGAUUAUAAGACAACCUGCACAGAGGUAGACUGGUCAGAUUGUAUCCCAGAAAAGAUUCUGGAUGUAAUAUCCCAUAAACGUGAUAGACCUGAGGGGAACCUAAAGCUUGCUGAUUUUGGGCUUGCUAGGUCAUUUUCGAAUGAUCAUAAUGCAAAUCUUACAAACCGUGUUAUUACUUUAUGGUACAGACCUCCAGAGUUGCUUCUUGGGGCAACAAAGUAUGGUCCAGCUGUUGAUAUGUGGUCUGUUGGCUGUAUCUUUGCUGAGCUUCUCCAUGGGAAGCCUAUCUUCCCUGGGAAAGAUGAGCCUGAACAACUAAACAAGAUUUUUGAGCUUUGUGGAUCACCCGAUGAGGUUAGUUAG